AUGAUGGAUCCUAGUGAACACUUUCAAAAUUUUUCGACAUCAGAACGUUUGCCAAGCAAAAAGCUAUCAAAUGCUAUGGAUAUGAAAACCAGUUCUGAUCUGACAUUAUUAUUACUGGAUUAUUCAACAAUAUCGGAUAGCAAGUUUACACAAAUGCUAUUAACAUCGACGACAAAUCUUAUGAAUCACGAUGCUCUUAUUGAACUGUUGAAACAGAAAGAAAUAUUAAUAUUUAUUCGACAACUUACACAACUACUCAAUAAAUUAAAUUAUUCUCAAUUACAACAUGAACAAUGGUCUUACUAUUAUAAUCUUGACAUGAGCAAGGCUACUUGGAAUGGACGAGUAUCGAAAAAAAUGGCUGAUACAAAUUCAAUGUAUUACACAUAUGGUCGAUUCAAAACUUUAAUUAAACAACGUCUUGAUAAAUAUAAACUACAAUGUGAAAAAGCUCAAAAGGCUUUUCAUGAACAUAUGAAAAAAGCACUAGUCAUUAUGGAUAUAGAAAAUAUUACCAAUAUGAUCAAUAAUUUAAUCAAAAAUCAUCAACAUCAAUUACGACUUGAACUCAAGAGAUGA